AUGGAGGCAGUGUUGAGGUCUCACUGUGAUGAACAGCACCCUCAUCAGGCUGAAGACUUCCAUGGAAAGCAGGAGCAGAACGGCAAGCUCUCAGGUAUCAAAAAAGAUAUUGAAAAGCUUUACGAAGCAGUGCCACAGCUUGCAAAUGUGUUCAAAAUCAAGGAGAAAAUUGGAGAAGGUACUUUUAGUUCUGUUUACUUGGCCACAGCACAACUACAAACAGGACAUGAGGAAAAAAUGGCUCUGAAACAUUUGAUUCCAACCAGCCACCCUCUGCGAAUUGCUGCUGAACUUCAGUGCCUCACAGUAGCAGGGGGACAAGAUAACGUUAUGGGAGUUAAAUACUGCUUUAGGAAGAAUGAUCAUGUGGUUAUAGUUAUGCCAUACCUGGAACAUGAAUCCUUCCUGGACAUUUUGCAUUCUCUUUCCUUUGAAGAAGUGAGGGAAUACAUGUUCAAUCUGUUCAAAGCGCUGAGGCGCAUUCACCACUUCGGGAUUGUUCACCGUGACGUCAAGCCCAGUAACUUCCUCUACAACAGGCAGCUGAAGCAGUAUGCCUUGGUAGAUUUUGGCUUGGCACAAGGAACCCCUGAUACAAAAAUCGAACUUCUCAAAACUGCCCAUUCUGAAGACCAGCAGGGAGGUUGCUCACAGAAUAAUCCCAGCAUAGCCUUGGGAAAUGGGGUUUUUGUCAGUGUCACAGCACCUGCACAGAUAGCUCAACAGUCAGCCUCAAAAGCAGCUGAUAAAAGGUCCAGCUCACUAUCAAAAAUGCAGAUUAAACAAGGAAGAGGAGGAAAGGAGGAUUCUGUGCACCAUUCCGUCCAGCGCUCUGUCUUUGGAGAGAGGAAUUUCAAUGUCUAUAGUUCCACAUUCCAAGAGAACUCGAGUACAAAACUCAUAAAACAAUCCAAGAUGAUAGAUGUUUCAUCUAGGAAGUUAGUAACAAAGAAGAAGAUUAUUUCUACCAAAGCAGUGAGCAAUGGGGCAGCCAGGAAAGCUGCCAGUGCCUGUCCCUCAAACCUGGCCUGUGACUGUUACGCAACGGACAGAGUUUGCAGUGUUUGCCUUUCAAGGUGUCAGCAAGUUGCUCCCAGAGCAGGAACACCUGGAUUCAGAGCACCAGAAGUACUGACAAAGUGCCCCACUCAGACCACAGCAAUCGACAUGUGGUCUGCAGGAAUCGUGUUCCUUUCUCUGCUCAGUGGACGGUAUCCAUUUUACAAAGCAAGUGAUGAUUUAACUGCUUUGGCACAAAUCAUGACAGUUCGUGGAUCCAGAGAAACCAUUCAAGCUGCUAAAACUUUUGGUAAAUCAGUUCUGUGUACUCAGGUUGUCCCAGCACAGAACUUGAGAACCCUCUGCGAGAAGCUGAGAGGAACACACAGCAGCUGUACGAGAUCCCAGGGUGAAGUGCCCAGCAAGGCUGGAAGUGACUCAGCUUUGCCAGACAAACUGUGUGCUCCUGAGCCACUUGGAAAGCAAAUUCAGCACUCAAAGAGCUUUCAGGAAGGUGAUGGUGCUUUGGAAACGAAGGCAACAGACAUGAAAGGAUGGGAUCAGGUUCCCGAUGAAGCAUAUGACCUACUUGACAAGCUGCUAGACUUAAACCCUGCGACAAGAAUAACUGCAAAAGAGGCUUUGCUGCAUCCUUUUUUUAAAGACGUGAAACUCUGA